UCACUCGACCGAAGAAGAAGACGUUUUCUCAGUCACAAAUAUAUCGAACAGUUAAGUGUAACCAUUUGUGGGAAAAAGUCGACACGGAAUUUAUCAAACAACCAGUGGAGGUUUUGAAAUAAAAUCCACAUCGCUACUUUGAAUUUUGUCUCGUCGGAUUUCGAAUGAAACAGUGAAAUCACAACAACUGAAAUACUCAACACAUCACGCGUGCCGAUUCAACAGUACAUCACUUUUUAUUGAGUUCUUAAGCGUUGAAUCAGAUUUGGAAAAGGAGAUUUGCUAUAUCGCGUAAAAAUUGAGCGAACGAAACCACUUCGGCAAAAGUGCAAUUUAUUGAUAAGGACAAAAAACGUCAGAGUUGAAAUUUAGAAAAAAAAAAAAUUCAAUCAAAUCCCAAAAAAUUCAGUGUGUAAAAUUAUGACAUGCCGACUUUAACUAUCAAACAAGAAAGUGCUAACGACGGUUGCUUCAGCCCUGCUUAUAAGUUCCCAAGUUCAGUAAUUAUUCCAAAACUCUACAGAGGAUACGGAAAUUUUAGCGGAUCGUCGUACGUGUAUGACGAUAUCCAUACAGGAUCUGGAACACCACUACGAUCACAUAGUCCGCCUUUGUUACAUCAUCAUCAACAAAUCAAUCAGCUCGUUUCACAGCAGCAGCAACAACAACAGCAACAGCAACAACAGCAAUUACCUGAAUCACAAUCACAGUUGCAUUCACAAUCGCAACAAUCAACACCCCCUCACCAAACAGCAAAUAAUUCAUCUUUAUCGCAAUCCCAAUCCAACACAGUGGCAUCCAGUCAAACACAAAUCGUGGCGUCGUCGACGGCGAGCGAAUCACCUGCUAGUGUUAGCUCGCAACCGACAGGCCCACUGCACAUACCAGCAAAACGUCCAGGAUUCGAUGCUGACCCAUCAGUUAUUCGACAUCCUCAUCCAUGGAGUUCUUAUGAAUCAGCUGCUGGAUAUGAUACUCAAUACCAUUCACAGUACAUUUUAGACCGAGAUCGCAAACCACUUUACUAUGGUUAUCCAGAUCCGCAAUUUUCACAGCCAUAUUGGAACUAUCGCGACCAGUCAUCGUAUUUAACGACUGAUGAGCGACACUCAGCUCGUCAAUCGGUUGAAGGUGGUACUCAAGGAUCGUUCGAUUCUCCAAGCUACGCAGCGUCAUCGUUACGUUCAUACGACUCGUACUCAACCAGUGGUCUGCCGUCAGCAGUUGGUGGCGUUGGUUCAGUUGGUUCGUGUACACCUUCCAAUGCACUUGAAUGGACUGGACAAGUGACUGUUCGCAAGAAGCGUAAGCCAUAUUCCAAAUUCCAAACGCUCGAAUUGGAAAAGGAAUUCCUUUUCAAUGCAUACGUUUCGAAGCAGAAGCGUUGGGAACUCGCCAGAAAUUUGAAUUUAACCGAAAGACAGGUUAAAAUUUGGUUCCAAAAUCGUCGCAUGAAGAAUAAAAAGAAUUCGCAACGUCAGCAGGCGCAACAGAAUAACAAUAAUAAUAACAGUAGCCAUAGUCAUGGGCCGCCACAGCAAUCGCAUCACAAUCCACAUCAUUUAAAUCUUGGCAUCGGUAUGCAUCAUGGCCCAAAGAUGCAUCCGUGACCUUCAGACAAUAGUAUUGGCACAGCAGCGGUUAUGGGGUAUCCAAACUUUUGAAACUGAACGGCCACUGAAGUAGAAAUAAAUGAAAGAAAAAAAGAAGAAAACAAUGAAGAAAAAAAAGAACCACAUUUAACGCGCGCGACACACGGAUAUUAUUUUAGAUUGAAAUUUGCAUGAUAGAGAUAAAGUCUAAUUUGAUUAGUGCAACACAGCAGUAAGUCCCCCAUAGCCAAUUUUAAACAAAAUAAAAAGGAACGAUCUCGUGCUGAUACUAUAUGCAAUUUCAAAAAGAACACCAGAAUCACACACACUUCUCUUUAUUUAAGCAAGGAAGAAAGAAACGAAUUUAAGACCAGUGAGAGAAUGUUCGUAUUGAAUAUUUAAAAAAAAAAACAAUGAACAAAUAAGCAAAUCCAAACACAGUUUAAAAAGAAAAAGGAAAAAUAGCCGUUGUCAAUGUUACGCAAAUCAUCCAUUUUAUGUAUUUCAUUUUUGUAUGCCCAUUUGAGAAAUAGGCACUUGUACUUAUAUACUUUCGAUUUAUUCACACCAUUUUUAUUAUCAAUUUUUGUUUUUACUAUUCUUGUGCAAUUGUGUUCCCCCGUUUCAAUUUCUCUUUCGAUCGAACCAUUUAGUUUUUAAUUACUUUUUAUUAUGCAAAGAAAAUCCUCCGAAGUUAGAAAAAAAUAUAUAUUUGUUUCAUGAUUUUUAUCGGCUGAAGCAAUUUCAUUCAUAAUUCAUUUACGUUUGAAUUCUAUUUAUUUUAUUAAAUUCAAAACGCAUGUUUUUCAUGCAGAUUCUUCAACAAUUUCAUGAAUAACCAAUAACAGUUUAAAUCAAUAUUAUAAACAAUAAUAAAAGAGCGCAUGUGUAACUUUUCUUUUCAAUAGAAAAAAAAAUCCAUUCUAUCGCCAAUUCUUUAGUUUUCUAAAAUGAGAAACGGCAUAAAAAUAAACAAACACAACACAAACAUUUAAAGAAAAUAAUAUGUAAUAAUUGCAGAUUCGCAUAACUACGAAUAAUAAUAAUAAUCUAUUAUUAAUUGUAUAUGGUAAUGAAAACUGAAAGCAAAAAUUAAAAAAAAAAAAUCUUUCAUUAGGGGCUAAGUCUUUGUGUCACUCACUCUUAUCAUGGAAUUGCAUAUAUGAUGAAUAUAAAGAUAUGCUCAUAUUCCGAUGCACGAACUAGAAAACACGACUAGCAAAAUGAAAUAUUCCUCUCGACUUUAAGAAAUAUUUAAAAAAAAGGCAGGCGUUGUGCCAGUUGGAAAUAUCUUGCAUAAAGAUGACGACGUUCACAACGACUACACAUUUACGUAGUUUCAAUAUAAACUUAGAAUCAAAUGGGUUUUAGUGCAUCGCAAUGAAGUAGAAGAAGAAGAAAAAAAUGAACGUAACAUCUAUUUGCAGAGACAAAACUUGCGACACGCGUUUUCUGAUAUACAGCGAAUGCUUUUUUCCACAUACACACACACUCACACAUACCUACACUCAUAAUUCAAAUUGAGAACGAUGAUGAACGAAGUAACUAACUUGUAAUUUCAUUCAUACUCAUGCAAACAAUGUAUUUGUAAGUGGGUUUCGGCUAAACUGUCCAAAGUCUCUUGCAAAAUGGCCGAACUCUGUCCAAUGUAUUCAAUGCAAAAAGAAGACGAAAAAAAAAACACAACAACAACGAAAUGUCGAAAGAUUGAAAGGAAACAACGAUAUAUAGAAUGUAUGUUUCACUUUGGAAUGACUUCAUGAAUAUAAUCGAUGGGUUUCUUACGUCAUUUCAAAAGUCGAUGUGUUUUUCGAUUUAGAUUUUACCAUCGCGAUCUUUUCCGAAAGUCAAUUUUGAGCCGGGUCACAACACUUCUUCGCUUCUUACAAAUUUUUUUCAGGUCAUAUUACUUUUUCUGUAUGUUUUUUUUUUAAAUCUUCAGUUACGAAGGCAUUUAAUUUAAGUUUGUUUCUGCCAUGCACACACAUUGUGUCGUAUGGCAUUGUUAGAAAAAUAUAUAUUCUUUUUUGGCGAUUUUAUCGCAUACAUCGUGUCUCCACCUAAAUUUUUACGUUUGUUAUUUGAUUUUAAGCAAGGUGGCCACAAUUAUGUUUUUCGAUCCAAUUUUCAAUGCAAAUUGAUGGAUGUCAGAACCUUAUUUCCAUGUAACCGAUUAAUUAGUCGAUAUUUUUUCGUUGAUAUAUUUAAUUACAUGUCGAAAUCGACCUCGAACUCAAUUGUUAUCCUAUUUAGCUCAAUCUAACCGAUACAAUUUGUACAUCAUGAACGCAUUUGAAGAAAAAAGAUAGCAACAUACAUAUAAAUAUACAGAGAUCAAAAGAAACAUAACCUCUCAUUGAACGAAUUUAAAACGCUGUACAUAAAUGAACACAAUAAUAUUUGUCAGUAAUAUCAAGAUAAAUGUAACCAUACAAAAAAAAACACAUAAUUACAAAUCAUAUUUAUUGAGAUAACCCAUCGAAAUCGCAUGUAUGCGGUUGAAUUUUAUCCAUCAUCGAAACCGUUUACAAGAAAAAGAGAAUACUCGGGUCGUUUGGUAUUGAGUCAUUUUGAUCAACACACAAUAUAAUAAAAUCACUCCCUGGGAACAAAAAUUAAUUCCUCCUUCUAUUUUUUUGUUCGUGUUUCUUUUAUGUUCUUACUUUGUUUUCCGUUUUUUUCUACAUUCGUCAAUCAAAAAAGAGGUUUUACAAUCAAAUUUUCGGCGCCACCAAUUGGUGGCAAUACAAUGAGUUGAAUUCAUUAAAAAAAGAGAAACAUCGUUUGGAAUUCGGUUUGAAUUAGAGACAAAAAAGCAUGUGGUUUAAAUUCGCUAGUUUGUGUGAGAAAUGAAUAUUAAAAGUAACUUUAUUUCAAAAGUUCAUCAGGUGAUCGAACGCAUACUUGGUGAACACACAGUAAAAAAAAAAACAAUCGGGGUUCUUUGUAUCGAAGAGAAGAGAAAUUGUUUUCAAAUUCAAUUACAUAAAAUAAAAAUUUUCAUUGAAAAAAACAAACACAAAAAAACAUCAAACCUAAAGGGACAUAUUUAGAUUAACCAAAAUAUAUAUGUAAUAAACACAAUGAAAAAAAUACACACAUACAAGUACAAUUACAAUUAUACAUAUAUAAUUAUUAAUGGUAAAUGGAAAUGAAUGAAAAAAAAUAAACUACAAUGAAUUGAUUUUAGUCGGUAAUUGUGUAAGUGUUGUAAUUCGAUGUAACGUGCAUUUUAGAUUUAUAGCCGUAAAAUAGAAGAUAUUUCAUGCUCCAAUGCAACAAAACCUUAAGCAAAAAUUUCAAUAACAAAAAAAAAAAUACUUUAGAGAUCCCCAUCAUGGAUGUAGAUGUGAAAUGUAAGACGAUAAGUGAAUUUCUCACUGUUUCUUCGUACAAAAUUCACAUGCAAUCCAAAAUAUUCUACCUACCAUUCUACAUACACAAAAAAAAAAAACAUC